AUGCAUGCCUCUCAACUUGUCAUGCGCCUUGGCGCAUCCGCCAUUUGCGCUGCUGGCAUCGCAAAUGCAGCCUAUUCCGUCAAGGACACAUUCGACAGCACCAACUUCUUCAGCGAGUUCAACUUCUUCUCUGGUGACGAUCCAACAGGCGGCUUCGUCGAAUACGUCUCCGCCGCAGCUGCAAAUUUAACGAGUCUGGCGGGGUAUUCUAAUAACGCCGUUUAUCUCGGAGUAGAUCAUGUAACUUCCAACCCUGCUGGUGGGCGCAGCUCAGUCCGAGUUACCUCCAACAAUGCGUACACGCACGGCCUGUUUAUCGCCGAUAUUGCUCACAUGCCAGGCAGCACCUGCGGAGUCUGGCCAGCAUUUUGGACAUUCGGUCCAAACUGGCCCUCAUCAGGCGAGAUUGACAUUAUCGAAGGUGUCAACGACCAAACCACCAACGACAUCACCCUCCACACAUCCGCAUCUUGCACAAUGAGCACGUCUGGCUCUCUGGGAGGCACCAAGCUCGCAGACCCUAACUGUAACUCUGGCAAUGGCAACAACGGCUGCGGCACCACCACAACCGACACGCGAAACUACGGCAGUGGAUUCAACGCUAUCGGUGGUGGCGUCUAUGCUAUGGACUGGACAUCCUCCCACAUCUCCGUCUACUUCUUCCCACGCUCCGACAUCCCUGCAGAUAUUACGUCGGGGAAGCCUAACCCAUCAAGCUGGGGAACACCUACCACCACUUUCGGCGGCUCAGGGUGUGAUAUCGACUCCCACUUCAAGGAUCACAACAUCGUCUUCGACACUACAUUCUGCGGCCAGUGGGCUGGCCAAGUCUGGGAUUCAAACCAGCAUUGCAAGGCUCUUGCGCCUACUUGUAAUGAGUACGUAGGGAAGAAUCCCCAAGCGUUCAAGGACGCAUACUGGAUGGUCAACUCCGUCAAGGUCUAUCAAGAUGGUUCCGCCCAGAAGAGAGCCGAGGGUGUUAUACCCAUGCCAUUUAUGGCUUGA